AAAGAUUAAACAAUAUAGCAUCAUUUAUUAUCCUAAGCAUCGAAAUUCAUAGACAAACACAAGCAUGAUAUGAAAUCAUGGCAUUCAUUUACAUAAUAAUAAUAAACAAGAUCACAUUCAAAUACAAUCAAUUUCGACUAGCUACAUAGAGGAGAAGGAAGGUACCAUCAUUGAUGUUAACAACAUCUUCUUGGCCGCAGCCCGCAGACCCCCUUACUUCGACUAGACUAUGCACUCUUGUAGAGUGUUACAGAGAUUUAUGUGUUUGUGCGGCCUUACUUUCACAAUGGAGUCAUGCCCUCUAUUUAUAGGGGAGAAUCUUGUCUAAAACAACAGAUGCCAACUAGUAAAAGCCUCCUAAUUCUAGUAGGUUUAGAGAAAUUCGUCAACAAGGGAAAGGUAAGGUGACGGUAGUAAGUCGGUUGGGCCCGCCGCUCUGAUUCUUCAUGAUUUGGGCUUCUUGAUCAUGAAAUUAGAUUGUAUAUCUUCUUUGUAUUAGUUGAAUUUUUUAUGCAUAGAUGGAACGAGGCUACAAAAUAAUUAUAUAUUUCGAGAAAAAAUUGUUUGUUUCACUCGUUACCAUCCUGGUACCAUCCUGGCACCACUCUGUAUCACCUUCAUUUUAAUCAAAGACAGAAGAAAACAAAAUUGCACAAAAUAACAAAGUUCAUAGUGAUCUAUUUUGAUUUAUAAGUUUAGGAAAAAAAAUAUUUCGGACCAAAUAUACCACCAAUCAUACCAUCCUAAUAUAUGUUGUAAAUGGUGAUAGAUCGUGGUAAAAAAGUGAUACAUGAUGGUUAAUAUACUUUUAUUAUAAUAUAUACGUACAAUUGAUCUACACUAUAACAUGUUCAUACUAACAUUAUACUUUACAUACUGAAGUGAAUGCCAAAGUCUGUAUUUCUUAUUACUGAAAUUACAAUAUUUAUACAACCGUCAAAGUUGUUAAAACAAGGACUGUUUCUAAGAAAUGAAAAGAUUUCAGAAAAAACAAAACAAAACAAAGUGGAGAAUCAAUUCCCCAUCCGAAAGUUCAGGGGAGGAGCCUUCCUAUAGGACACCACCAUCUAUAAUCUUAUAUAUUAUCAAACAUUACCACCAUGAUAUAUAUCGUUAAUAAACACCUCGAAAUUUUUCGUUCCCAAAUAUAUAAAAGUGAAUGUCAUUUUCACAUGUUAUUUGGGUAAAAAAAUCAUUUAUCAAUAAAUAUAUAAAGCAACAAACUCAUUUAACAAAAACAUCCAAAAUAAAAGAGAUAUAGUCUGUUUAAUUUAAUGGGAAAAAAAGUUAAAAAAAAUAAGCACAAUCAUCGUACGUCUCCCAAUUAGCCCUUCACCCCCGAUAGGCUGAUAUGGACACUAGGGCAUGAGCCCACGAACUAUCUCCUAUAUAUAUAGUCACACCAUAAAUCUAGAAUCGCAAACCAUUAUAAAACCUAGCCUAAAAAACCCUAAAAACACACCCGCCGAUUAGGGUUUUAAAGAUCUCUACAAUCAUGGCGGAGGUGGAAACAACGGAGAUGGCGGCGGCGACAGCUGAGGCGGCGGGGAAGAAGAACAGGACGUUCAAGAAGUUCAGCUUCCGCGGCGUGGAUCUGGACGCCCUCCUCGACAUGUCCACCGACGACCUCGUCGGACUCUUCACCGCCCGGGCCCGGAGGAGGUUCCAGCGUGGGCUGACGAGGAAGCCCAUGGCGCUGAUCAAGAAGCUGAGGAAGGCGAAGAGGGAGGCGCCAGCCGGUGAGAAGCCACAGCCGGUGAGGACACACCUCAGGGACAUGAUCAUCGUCCCGGAGAUGAUCGGGAGCGUGAUCGCCGUCUACAAUGGCAAGACGUUCAUCCAGAUGGAGAUCAAGCCGGAGAUGAUCGGUCACUACUUGGCCGAGUUUUCCAUCUCUUAUAAGCCUGUGAAGCAUGGGAGGCCUGGAAUCAGUGCUACUCGCUCUUCCAGGUUCAUCCCUCUCAAGUGAUCAGCCGGUUUUUUUUUUUGGAUUCUCAAGUGAUGGGUGGAUUUUGUUUGCUUUUGGUAAAUUUGUGGUGGGAUUUUGGAUGUUUUUGUUGUUGAAUUACUUCCCUUUUGUGAUGUUAUGACAUGGUUUUCUCACUACUAGUUUUGUUUGUUGCAUUUUGUGGCGAUUCCAACUAGUAAUCAGCAUGUUUUGUCGAGUGAAGCUACUCACUCUUUAGUGGGAGCUUUUUAGGAGGAAGUUAGUCUACUCUAUGUAUUUUUUUUCGCUUGUUUUGUGUCCAUUCUCCUUUGAGAUUUAACCGAAAUUUCCAUUUAGUGGCAAAAAAAUCUUUCAUUGGUAGUUUAAAUGAACACGAACCAUCGUGUGUGAUUCUUAUUUUUCUUGUAAUAUGGUCCUACCAUUUCCAACCUUCUUGGUUUAUCUUGAAAAACAAAUUAGAAUAAAAAUACAAGUGAAAUUCAUUUUAGUUCGAAUAAAUAACCAUGUCAACUAUGAAAUUCAUAUAAAAAAGGAUAAUUAUCCAAGAAGUUGUGAAUAUUAUGGAUAAGUAUCCAAGUAUUCCUUAUGUCAUUUUAUAAUUUCUUUAGAAGAGGCAUAAUUACAUUUUUCAUUAUGGUUUUAUUUAUGUGAUUGAGGUUUUAUAUUAGCUUGGAAGGAGAUGCCAAGGGGUUAUUUUUAUUUGGCGAGACUUUUCUUCAAUGAGACAUUUGGGUCCAAAUGUCUUAUUUCAAAAAACAAGAACUUUGAUAUAAGACAUUCGAAUUAAGGAGCCAUUUUGGGUUAAAAAUUACAAAUUUAGGCCCAACUCUCUUCUCCUUUCCAAUAGCAAACCCUAAUCCAGUCGUACAAUCUUUCGUUGUCGCGUGCAAUGGCAACAAUAUCAAAAUCAUCUACUUCUUCUCCUUCCUCUUAUUCAGAACCACUCAAUGUCUCCUUCUAUGUCGUUGGAGAGGAAGCAACUGGCCUUGACCGUGGAAUCUAUCAUGAGCUCUAUUGUGGAAUUCAUACAAGUGAUAAUCAUAUCCUAGAUGUGCAUAUGGUCGUACUCCUUGAGGUCUUCUAAUGCAUAACUACUCACACUAAUUAACCAUCAACACAUACACGAAAUCAUAAGGACAUUUAUGGGUUUUCAUUAGGAGACAAACAAUGCAAGAAGAGUAAAGUUGUUUAGGGAUUUUCGAUUUAUAGCUUCAUAAAAGGAAAGGUACGUUAUUGUAAAAGGUAGUGAACUUGAAGAUGACCAUGUAAACUUGGGCUCAUUCAUAUCAUGUAUCAGUGGUUCAUCUAUUGUGACACCCUAUCCCUUCCUCUAAGGAUACUAUCUACUUGUGUAUCAGUGCAUGCACCUCUUGAGAUAGAGAUUUAACUAGCAAAUGCAUGUUUUUGUUUCAUGUCAUUACCUAAUGAAGAACAAGGAAGUUAGGAUAACAUAUACUUAAUUGUGGGCUUCUACGAACCAUAACAAUAUUCUAUAGCAUCGAUGAUCUAAUAAUCAAGCAUUGAUACUACUCGAAGCAUAGAUGGGUGAUUAAUCAUCUCAUACUCGUCUAGCGUCAAUGGGUAUCCCUAUAAGGUAAUUUCUUGACAAUCUAGAUAAUACUAAGUACAAUGCGUAUAGUAGCAUACAAUAGAAUCAUAAGCAUCGAUGGUGUUAAAAGUAUUCAUACUACAGAAACAUCACUGACCAUUAUAAGCAUACAAAAUUAAACAAUAUAGCAUCAUUGAUUAUCUUAGGCAUCAUGAUAUGAAUUCAUGGCAUUCAUUCACAUAAUAAUAAACAAAACCACAUUCAAAUACAAUCAAUUUCGACUA